AUGGCAAGGUCUAGGAAAAACUGGAUAAAUAGUGGAGAGAAGAACACCACCUAUUUCCACACUUCUGUAACUAUAAGGAGGAGGAGAAAUAAAAUCUUGAAGUUAAAAUCUGAGGCUGGGUGUGAUAUAGAAGGAAAUGAGCUGAUUAACCAUGUGAUCAAUUAUUUUUCUAACCUCUUUACCUCAGAGAUUGAUAUACCCCUUUGCCAAACACACCACUACUUAAAUGAAAUCAACAUUGACUAUGCCACUAAUGUGGAAGAGAUUGGGAGAGCUGUGUUUGACCUAGGCCCCAUGAAAGCACCAGGGAUUGAUGGGCUACAUGCCCAUUUCUACCAAACAACACUAGGGAAGUUUAUGGAAAGACCUACUGACCACCCAGAAACCAUUAAGCAAUUUAGGCCUAUCAGUCUUUGCAAUGCCAACUAUAAGAUAGUGUCAAAAAUCCUUAUCAACAUAAUCAGACCUCACAUUAAAGAUAUGAUUUCUCAAAAUCAAAGCAGCUUCCUUCCAGGUAGAGGGUGUGAGGUAAACUAUAUUGCAGCUACUGAGAUUCUCCAUUCAAUGGAAUCAAAAAGAGGAAAGAAUGGGUGGUUUGCUCUUAAAAUUGACCUGGAAAAGGCUUAUGAUAGACUAGAAUGGAAUUUCAUUAGGUUUUGUCUAGCUAGGAAAGGUUUUGAUAAACCCUCUACUGACUUAAUCCUCAGUUGUGUAGCUUCACCUUCUACCUCUAUUAUAAUCAAUGGGAAACCUUCACCCACCUUCAAAACUUCUAGGGGUAUUAGGCAAGGGGAUCCUAUAUCCCCUUACAUCUUCAUAAUCUGCAUGGAAUAUCUAGCUGACCUAAUCUCAGAAGCCAAAAGUGGGGGACAUUGGAAACCUUUCUGUCUAAGGAAGGGAGGUUUUCCAGUAACCCACCUUAUGUUUGCUGAUGAUCUCCUGCUGUUUGGAGACACAUCACCUGCCACCCUAGCUAGCUUAAAUGAAGUGUUAGAAAAGUUUUGGGAAGAGUCAGGUCAAAAAAUGAACACUUCUAAGAGCAGAAUUUAUUUCUCCAAGCAUACUCCCCAGAACCAAAAGAACCUGUUUUGUGGAGCUCUCAAAGUUGAACCAAGUGCAGACCUAGGUAGCUAUCUAGGCUUUCCCUUAACUGAUAAGAGACCUAGGGAUGUGGAAUUAGGAGGCCUCAAUAUAAGAGCAGCAAUCAUUCAUAAUCAAGCCCAAAUGACUAAGCUUUGUUGGAAACUGAAUACUGGAAAUAACUUGGCCACCACCUUAGUCAAAGAUAAGUAUAUAACCAACAGGGUCAACCCAACUAGUUUCAAAAAAGGGUCUCACAUUUGGCAAAAUGUUGGGAAAGGGUGGGACUUGUUUAGUAAGCUAACCUCUUGGUGCAUUGGGGAUGGGACUCAUAUAAACCUUUGGCAUGACAAUUGGACAGGGAAAGGAAGUCUUAGAUCCAUAACCCAUGGACCCUUAAAUAAAGGUGAAGAGAGUAAAAUGUUAGACUCUAUCAUGAGAAAUGGUAACUGGUGUCUAAAUGAUUUGUCCUUCAUACUUCCCACCAAUAUUCUUAACUGGAUUAAGGCUAUACCCAUUCCCUUGUUUGGGGAAGAUGCCCCCUACUGCAGCCUCUCCAAUGGCCUCAAAUUCAACCUUCAAAGUGCUUAUAAUCAUGUGUGGAAUAACAAAUUCUCUGAAGCUACCCCUAGUGAAAAAUGGAGUUGUGUCUGGAAAGCAAGAUGUCCCCCAAAAAUACAAUUCUUUCUCUGGUUAAUUCUUUGGAAUAGACUUCCCACUGCCUCCCACUUAGCAAGUAGACAAAUAAUCCCAAAUGGAAAAUGCCAAUUCUGCCCACAUGACCAGGAAGAUAUUGGCCAUCUGUUCCUCUACUGCCCUAGAGCUACUGAUUUUUGGAACCAACUGGAGUUUAAUGACAAGUUCAAACAUCUGCAAAAUGAUUUUGAAAACUGGUUUUUUGAAAAUCUUAAAUGCAUCGAACCUUCAACCAUGAAUGUUCCCAAUCAAACUGUUUUUGCCUUUUCUCUAUGGAGACUGUGGAACAGAAGGAACCUAUGGACCUUUCAAAAGGAAAAUAAAAGCAUUGGACCUUGGUGUAAACAAACAAUAUGGCUGGCAAAUGAAUUUGAAACCACAGAAAAGGACACCAUAAAACAGAACAAACCAAUGCAUAUAGAGCCUCCAAUCCAGACCAAGUUUAUUGUUAAGUGUGAUGCCUCCUCUUGUACAAACAGUUUGCUUGCCUCCUAUGUUAUUGCAUGCAGAGAUGGAGAUCAAAAGUUCAUUGCUGGCAUAGCUGGAACCUUUAGCACUAUCACACCCACAGCUGCAGAAACGCAAACCAUUUUGAUGGCCAUCUCAUGGACCAUAGCCAAGAGCUGGCAGAGCACCACCAUAAUUUCAGAUUGUAAAGAAGCUGGAAUUGCUAAAUCACCAAGGAAGCCUAUACUUGAAGUUCAGAAGAAGAGAGCAACUGAUGGAGGUGGAUCACAUAGCAAGAAGGGCACGGAACCAGCUGAGUCUAUUGGAUCAGUGCAUUGA